AUGAAAAAUUAGGCUGUGCAGAAAAUUGAAACAUGUGUUAUAUUUAGUUUUAAACCUAUGGAUACCAAAAAAAGUCAUUAAAUAGUGUAUCAAAUAACAGAGAUCAUCUUUUCAGAUAACAACUCCAAUAUUUAAAACAUUAAAAUAAAAUAUCCAAAUAAUGUUAGAAUGAGUAUUGUUACUUAAUAAAAAAAUCUAGGAAAGCCAUAUAUAUAAAAAACGAAGCGAACGAUUUUUAUCGAUAGAACCAGAUUCUCAAUAUAUUUCUAAUUGCCUCAUGAAACUAAGUAGAUAUUCUAAUUAUGA